AUGUCAUCGUCGCACCCUUCGGCCCCCUUGGCCAGCGAUCUCCCAGCGUCCCUUAAACCGGUCUUUCACCUGCCUCCGAACAACAUACCGACCAAUGUGAUUCUAUUUCUGCCAGGACUGGGAGAUACGGCCGCCAACUUUUCAUCGUUCGCUCGCGCUUUGAAUCUCCCUGAUGCUCUGACCAUCACUCUUAACCCGCCUUUCCCCCUGCCAUUUCCUCUUGGGCCGGGAGAUCAGUGGUCUGAGGACCUUCAGGUUGAUGCCACGACAGGGCCUUUCGAUCCCGACUCACCCUUGACACGGGCAGUAGGACUUGUCGCAGAAGACGUCAUAGCUAACGUCCUGGUCGGUAAAUCAAAAUAUCGCCCUGACCAUAUCCAUCUCAUUGGCUUCGGACAAGGUGGCUCAGUGGCUGUUUCGGUGCCCCUGCAUCCGUCGCUUUCGUCCUUACCACCACUGGGUGGUGUCAUCUCGAUUGGUGGUGCUUUACCCAUGUCGGCGACUCUUCCUUCCAGCACUGCAAAGAAUAGGACGCCAGUCCUUCUGCUUUCCGGCUCAAGGUCACCGCUGGCAUCGGCUGAUUCAAGCCCAUUGAAACGCGUCAAGUUGGCGUACGAGUUUAUCACAUAUCACCAGUGGAGAAAAUCCGACGAUUCGAUGCCCAGGAACAGGGACGAAGUAUUGCCCAUGAUGCAGUUCUGGUCACGUCGGCUCAAAAGUAGACGCGGAGUACCAGAUGAUGCGGUCGAGCUCAGUUGA